AUGGCGUCGUCGCUAAAUCAGGACAAGUGGAUCGGGUUCAUGCUCGCCGUAAGCUCAAGUGCCGCAAUUGGUACGAGCUUCAUCAUCACGAAAAAGGGUCUUAUGAGUGCCGCGGAAGAUAGUGAUGGCCUUGCAUCGGACCGUCUGAGCUACCUAGGCAAUCCGAUUUGGUGGGCCGGCAUGGCAACGAUGGUUGUGGGAGAAGUAGCCAACUUCAUUGCCUAUACGUUCGCACCGCCCAUUCUCGUAACGCCCCUAGGUGCGCUGAGUGUCCUUGUUGGCGCUGUGCUGGCGUCGUUUGUCCUGAAAGAGCGUCUCGGGCGCCUGGGCAUCUUGGGAUGUGCACUAUGCCUGAUCGGUACAAUCGUCAUCGUUGUAAAUGCACCUGAAGACAAGGAAAUCGAGACCGUCGACGAGAUCCUUAGCUACGCGAUGCGUGCGCCAUUCCUCACGUACUGUGUCUUUGUCGCGGCCUUCUCAAUUUUUCUGAUAGUCCGUGUUGUACCGCGCUAUGGCCAUCAAACGCCCGUCAUAUACCUAUCGAUCUGCUCUCUUGUUGGAUCCAUCUCCGUCAUGAGCGUCAAGGCAUUCGGUGUGGCUCUUCGCCUCACGUUCAACGGACACAACCAGCUCACGCAUCUGUCGACGUAUUGCUUUGGCCUUAUGGUUGUCUUGUGUAUACUAAUUCAGAUGAACUACUUUAACCGCGCACUUGAUCAGUUCUCGACGAACGUCGUCAACCCUAUCUACUAUGUUAUGUUUACGACAUCGACGAUCUUUGCUUCUGUGCUGCUUUUUCAAGGCUUCAACACUAGCACAGCACCGGUGAUAUCUCUCCUGGGUGGCUUCCUUGUCACGUUCAUUGGCGUGUAUCUGCUGAACAUCAACCAGCAGUCGGACGACCCCAGCAUGAACCUGCCAUCGUCUCUUGAAAGUGGUACGCGCGCGAAUUACGAACGUCUGUCUCAUUCACACGGUGCACACCAAGAAGCGCCCGACGCUUUCAUCUUUGAUCAAAGCGAACACGAUCAGGACUUUGCACCUCACCAGCAGCAGCAGAGUUAUCCUCUUGCCCAGUUCCACGACAAGCUCAAUGCGAAUCCGCCUGAACUUACUAGCAGUACCAACCAUGCAUAA